UGCCUACCCCUCCUCUCCCAACAACACCGCCUGCAACAGUAGGAGCCGGCUGGCAGCAGGCGCGGAGCCGAAAGCCAUCUUUGCUGGAGAGGGAGCAGCGCUGCCCGCAGCCACCGCUCGCCAUGUCUGUUCCAGCAUCUGCCCAGGGUCCUGCAGGGGCUGCAGGAGCUGCAGGGCCCCCUCCUGCCGCCAACGUGUCCAGCAACAAGAGGCUGCAACAGACACAAGCCCAGGUGGACGAGGUGGUGGACAUCAUGAGGAUGAACGUGGACAAGGUGCUGGAGAGGGACCAGAAGCUGUCAGAGCUCGACAACCGGGCAGAUGCGUUGCAAGCAGGUGCCUCACAGUUUGAGACCAGUGCAGCCAAGCUGAAGAGGAAAUACUGGUGGAAAAAUUGCAAGAUGAUGAUCAUCCUCGGUGUAGUAUGUGCAGUCAUUCUCAUUAUAAUUAUAAUUUAUUUCUCCACUUGAGAAAGCAGAGAAGGAAGACUUGGCACACCUUUGUUCAUAUCAACCGACGAUAUCAGUGUUCCUUUGUUGAACUCCGCUUUUUAAUUCCCGCUGUCUUGGGAUUUUUGCUUGUAAUAACCCAUAAGCAUUCAGUGUGGUGUAUUUUGGAAUUCUGUUGUUUCCACAAGAAACUGUACCAGCUAAAUACUGCCAAGUAGUUCCAUACACUGUCUAAUCACUGUGUCUUAAGAUGUGUGCGCACUGACCUUCAGAAACUGUAGUAUAUGAAAAGCAUCCUAAACCAUCUCAGAAUCAGAGAAUGCAGCUGUGGGGAAGCUCAUGUUUAAAGGGACACUGCCAGGUGGACUGGACCCAAAUCUAAGGUUGCAGCAAACAUUAAGACCAAAAUUCUCAAUCUGAGCUCCUAAAGUUGGAUGGCAAAAUCCAUUGUCAGACGUAUCUGCUACUCCCAUUGAAGAGAGUGAUACCUCUAAGUAUUCAUGUAAGAUAUCAUAUUUCAGUUUAGCCAACCAAACACAGAUUUCUUUGAGGUUAGAUGUAGAAUCCAAGUCUGAAAACCUUGUCUGCAGAAAAUAAAUAAAUAAAGACUGGUUUAUCA